AUGACACGCAAAAUAUGUGUCACGGCAGUCGAUGGGCAGACUGGCUUCGCCAUUGCCGAGCUGCUCCUGCAGCACCGCGACUUUUCCCGCAAAGCCGACGCCGUCGUCGGCCUGGCGCUCAAUGCCAAGUCGGACAAGGCGCAGGAGCUCGAGGCCGCCGGCGCGCAGGUUGUGCAGCACAAGCCCGGCCGCGUCCGCGAAAUGGUCAAGGUUCUGCGCAGCACCGGCUGCGACACCAUCUGCCUCGUGCCGCCGGCGCACCACGACAAGUACGACAUUUGCGUCGAGCUGGUCGAGGCGGCCAAAAAGGCGGAAAUUGCCAACGUGCUGCUCAUUAGCAGCGCUGGGUGCGACUACGCGACCGCUGACAAGCAGCCGCGCCUGCGCGAGUUUAUUGAUCUCGAGACGCUGGUGCUGCAGAGCAAGGGCGAUGCUAGCACGCCGACGGGCGGUUCGCCUUGUGUUAUCCGCGCGGGGUUCUACGCGGAGAAUCUACUGCUCUAUGAAUCGAUAGUCAAGAAUGAGUCUACGCUUCCCUUACCUAUUGGCGAAAACCACAAAUUUGCGCCUGUUGCUCUCGGAGACAUUGCAAACAUUGCAGGCCAUGUUCUGACGGGAAGCGGCAAGCACGGGUUCGAUGAUCGGCAUCGCGGGCAGAUGAUGGUCGUUACAGGCCCGAUGCUCUGCGCCGGCAAGGAGCUCGCAUCGUCAGCUAGUAAGGUGCUUGGAGCCGACAUGAAGUUUGAGAAUAUUUCAGAAGCGGAAGCAAAGCGUAUUCUCAAGUCGCAAAGUGGCAUUGAUCCCUCGGAACAGCAAUAUCUCCUCGAUUAUUACAGCCUGGUGCGAGAGGGCAAGACGAAUUACAUUUCCACCACGGCCUUUCAUGAUGUGACUGGAGAGCACCCGACGGAGCCUGACGACUUUUUUACGCUGUAUAAAAAUGAAAUGAGACCCAAAAAGGUGGCGAAGCGAAACCACAAAUAG